GUGGAGAUAAAACAUGGCGAUUGAUUUUAUUAGUUUUGUGAAGCAGCAUGCGUCUGCUUGAGUAGCUAUAGCUGGUGGGUCUUGGCAGGUAGCUAGCAAAUUAGCAAUAGCACCAUAUGAGUGGAGGAGUCUGCAGUUUUAUCGCACUUGUACUACAGUCUGUUAUAUGUGAUGAUAUCAUGGUAAGCUGACCAGAGUGACACAUUAGUUCCAUCCAAUUGCCUUCCGGGAAAGAAGCUAACUCUUAGCAGUACAUACAAACAUGAUGACUCCAAACUUGAACUUGGAACCUGAAAACCAUUCAGAAGGCAGCAGCCAAGUGGCUUCCAAUGUAUCCUUGCAUGAAGCAUCACAUGAUCUUACAAAGGGCAGCACCACCACUUCCUCUUGCCUUACAAAGGAUGAACCUGAUCCAGGUUCCAUUACCCUUGACUUGACACUCAACUUCAAUUCCAAUGAUUGUGAGUUGAAAGGUUCAAGUGAUGCUAGCAGUGAAGUAGGAGCUGAAGCUCCUGCUUCAGCAUCGGCAACUCCUAGAGUUUUCUCUUGUAACUACUGCAGGAGGAAGUUCUAUAGCUCACAAGCCUUAGGGGGUCACCAAAAUGCUCAUAAAAGGGAGAGGACAAUGGCUAAGCGGGCAAUGAGAAUGGGGAUGUUCACUGAGAGGUAUACAAGCUUGGCCUCUCUACCUCUUCAUGGUUCACCUUUUAGGUCUCUUGGCCUUGAAGCUCAUUCUGCAAUGCACCGAAGACACGUGUCACCCUCGCUGAGGGCCCCUGAUAUGAGAGCUGCUGCAAAAUUUGAGAAAAACCACUUUGGAUCACUAGUUUUCAUGGAAGAUGAUGAUGUUGGAUUCUUUUGGCCUGGAAGUUUCAGACAGGUGGACCAAGGUGGUAGUGUUAAUGUAGCACAUGCUCAAAGUUCAAAUGCUAGUUUAGUUCCUAUGGUGCCUCCUCCACCACAAGCUUCUGCAUCUCCGGAUCUCACAUUGAAGCUUUAAGACUUAUGAAUGAUGCAUACAUACACAAGCAAAUUAAAGGCCUCACAAAGUAAUAAAUAAGUGGCUAAGAAGUGAUCACUCAUCCAUUGCUUUACAUUCUGCGAAAUUUCUCAACCACUCAUUUUUAUUGUGAGGGGUUUAUCAGAGUUUUGUAUCUCGUGUGUAUGUAUCACUUCUCUCGAGAUUUUUUAGUCUUUCAUUUAUUUCUCUUCAGCAUGAAAUUAUUAAUUAAUAGGGGGUGCAUUGUACAGUGAGAUGUGUAUUUCCAAUGGCGAUUUUAGCUUACUUUAAUCUCACAUUAUUAAUGGUUUCCUCUCAUUUGUAUUUUAUUUUAUUAUUGAUAUGAUAUUGCAUCCAGGAUAAUGGACUAAAA